AUGUUUAACUAUGAACGUCCAAAACACUUCAUCCAGUCCCAAAAUCCAUGUGGCUCCAGAUCACAGCCUCCUGGACCGGAAACCUCCAGCUUCUCUAGCCAGACCAAACAGUCUUCCAUUACCAUCCAUCCUCGCCAGUGCACAGAGCAAAGAUUUUCUGCCUCCUCAACAAUGAGCUCUCACAUCACCAUGUCCUCCUCUGCCUUCCCUGCUUCUCCCCAGCAGCUUGCUGGCUCCAAUCAAGGCCAAAGGGUUACAGCCGCCUAUAAUCAGUCCCCAGCCAGCUUCCUCAGCUCCAUAUUACCAUCACAGCCUGAUUACAGCAGCAGUAAAAUCCCUUCCACUGUGGACUCCAACUACCAACAAUCCUCAGUUGGCCAACCUGUAAAUGCUCACCCAUCCCAAACUGCAAAUGCGAAGGCAACACCAAGGACUCCUGACCAUGAAAUACAAGGAUCAAAAGAAGCUUUGAUUCAAGAUCUGGAGAGAAAGUUGAAAAGCAAGGACACCCUUCUUCAUAAUGGAAAUCAACGGUUAACAUAUGAGGAGAAGAUGGCUCGCAGAUUGCUGGGACCACAGAAUGCAGCUGCUGUGUUUCAAGCUCAAAAUGACAGUGAUACACAGUAUUCAACACAGCAAAACUCAGAACACGCACGCCUACAAGUUCCUACAUCACAAGUAAGAAGCAGAUCAUCUUCCAGGGGAGAUGUGAAUGAUCAGGAUGCAAUCCAGGAGAAAUUUUACCCACCACGUUUCAUUCAAGUGCCAGAGAACAUAUCAAUUGACGAAGGAAGAUUCUGCAGAAUGGACUUCAAAGUGAGUGGACUGCCAGCUCCUGAUGUGUCAUGGUACCUGAAUGGAAGACCAGUUCAAUCAGAUGAUUUGCAUAAAAUGAUAGUGUCUGAGAAGGGCUUCCAUUCACUCAUCUUUGAAGUAGUCAGAGCUUCAGAUGCAGGAGCUUAUGUGUGUGUUGCCAAGAACAGAGCAGGAGAAGCCACCUUCACUGUGCAGCUUGAUGUCCUGGCAAAAGAACAUAAAAGAGCACCAAUGUUUAUCUUCAAGCCACAGAGCAAAAAAGUUUUUGAAGGAGAGUCAGUGAAACUAGAAUGCCAGAUCUCAGCUAUACCUCCACCAAAACUCUUCUGGAAGAGAAAUAAUGAAAUGGUACACUUCAACACUGACCGAAUAAGCUUAUAUCAUGAUAAUGCUGGAAGAGUUACUUUACUGAUAAAAGACGUAAAUAAGAAAGAUGCUGGGUGGUACACUGUAUCUGCAGUUAAUGAAGCUGGGAUCACCAGCUGCAACACAAGAUUAGAUGUUGCAGCCCGUCCAAAUCAAACUCUUCCAGCUCCUAAGCAGUUACGUGUUCGACCAACUUUCAGCAAAUAUUUAGCACUUAACGGGAGAGGCUUGGAUGUGAAACAAGCUUUUAACCCAGAAGGAGAAUUUCAGCGUCUGGCAGCUCAAUCUGGACUCUAUGAAAGUGAAGAACUUUAA